UUCCUUUUUUUUUUUUUUUUUUUUUUUUCAAUAUUUUCAAGGGGGAGGAGAUUUUCCACAAGAAAAGGUUGUUUUCAUGUUUGGGAUUCAGGAAAGCAUCCAACGGAGUGGAAGCAGCAUGAAGGAAGAGCCGCUGGGCAGCGGCAUGAACGCGGUGCGGACGUGGAUGCAGGGCGCCGGGGUGCUGGACGCCAACACGGCGGCGCAGAGCGGGGUGGGUCUGGCCCGGGCUCACUUUGAGAAGCAGCCGCCUUCCAAUCUGCGGAAAUCCAACUUCUUCCACUUCGUCCUGGCCCUCUACGACAGACAGGGCCAGCCCGUGGAGAUCGAGAGGACAGCCUUUGUUGGGUUCGUGGAGAAGGAAAAAGAAGCCAACAGCGAAAAGACCAAUAACGGGAUUCACUACCGGCUCCAGCUCCUCUACAGCAAUGGGAUAAGGACGGAGCAGGAUUUCUACGUGCGCCUCAUUGACUCCAUGACAAAACAAGCCAUAGUGUAUGAAGGCCAAGACAAGAACCCAGAAAUGUGCCGAGUCUUGCUCACACACGAAAUCAUGUGCAGCCGCUGUUGUGACAAGAAAAGCUGUGGCAACCGAAAUGAGACUCCCUCAGAUCCAGUGAUAAUUGACAGGUUCUUCUUGAAAUUUUUCCUCAAAUGUAACCAAAAUUGCCUAAAGAAUGCAGGAAAUCCACGUGACAUGCGGAGAUUCCAGGUCGUGGUGUCUACGACAGUCAAUGUGGAUGGCCAUGUCCUGGCAGUCUCUGAUAACAUGUUUGUCCAUAAUAACUCUAAGCAUGGGCGGAGGGCUCGGAGGCUUGACCCCUCGGAAGGUACGCCCUCUUAUCUGGAACAUGCAGCUACUCCCUGUAUCAAAGCCAUCAGCCCGAGUGAAGGAUGGACGACGGGAGGCGCGACUGUGAUCAUCAUAGGGGACAAUUUCUUUGAUGGGUUACAGGUCAUAUUCGGUACCAUGCUGGUCUGGAGUGAGCUGAUUACUCCUCAUGCCAUCCGUGUGCAGACCCCUCCUCGGCACAUCCCUGGUGUUGUAGAAGUCACUUUGUCCUACAAGUCGAAACAGUUCUGCAAAGGGACACCAGGAAGAUUCAUUUACACAGCGCUCAAUGAACCCACCAUCGAUUAUGGUUUCCAGAGGUUACAGAAGGUCAUUCCUCGGCACCCUGGCGACCCUGAGCGUUUGCCAAAGGAAGUAAUACUCAAAAGGGCUGCAGACCUGGUGGAAGCGCUGUAUGGGAUGCCACACAACAACCAGGAAAUUAUUCUGAAGAGGGCCGCUGACAUCGCAGAGGCUCUGUACAGUGUCCCCCGUAACCACAGCCAGCUACCGGCCCUCACUAACACCUCGGUCCACGCGGGAAUGAUGGGCGUGAAUUCCUUCAGUGGACAACUGGCUGUGAAUGUCUCGGAGGCGUCACAGGCCACCAAUCAGGGUUUCACCCGCAACUCAAGCAGUGUGUCACCACACGGGUACGUGCCGAGCACCACCCCCCAGCAGACCAACUAUAACUCCGUCACCACGAGCAUGAACGGGUACGGCACUGCCGCCAUGUCCAACCUGGGCGGCUCUCCGACCUUCCUCAACGGCUCAGCUGCCAACUCGCCCUACGCCAUCGUGCCAUCCAGCCCCACCAUGGCCUCCUCCACAAGCCUCCCCUCCAACUGCAGCAGCUCCUCGGGCAUCUUCUCCUUCUCACCAGCCAACAUGGUCUCAGCCGUAAAACAGAAGAGUGCUUUUGCACCAGUCGUCAGACCCCAGACCUCCCCGCCUCCCACCUGCACCAGCACCAACGGGAACAGCCUGCAAGCGAUAUCUGGCAUGAUCGUUCCUCCCAUGUGAAAGAAUUGCCUUGAAGAAUUUUAUUAAUGAAGAGGUUGGAUUCUGCUACAGAGAGUAAUCUGAUACAAGUCCCCGAGUGGAACUUUUAACUCAGGCCUUUUUAAGAGGAAUCACAAUAACUGCAGAUUUUUAAACAAACAAUAUCACCGACCUUGCAAAUACUGAAAUUGGAAGGGUUCUGCAAGUGCAGUGUUGGUUAAAAGUUGUACCUCCCAAGUAUUUGGGGGAUAUAUUUAUUCUGUGUUGAUAAAAGCAAAUCCACUUUUUCAUUUUCUUUCUUUUUUUUUUAAGCUUAACUCUGCAAUCAUUUGUCUUUUAUAAACCGUAAAGCUGUAUACAAGGGACACUAUAAAUAAGACUCCAUGUUUUAAUUUAUGAUGUUUUUAAAGCUGUGUAAAGGGAGAAUGAAGUGGUGAUAUUUACAAAAAAGUAAAAAAAAAAAAAAGAAAAAAAAAAAAAAAAAAAAAAGCUUGUAUGGGACAGAAUAGGAAUGCCAGUUAGAUUUUUUAGAAAACUAAGGGUCGGCUUUUGCGCCUUAAAGCAUAUCAAAUGGUAGUUAGCUCAGACAGUGCAUUUUCAAUAUCUAACUUAACAUGCCAUCCCUUAGCAGUGCAAGCUUAUUUAUCUCUUUUGUAUUGUUGUCUUAAGUAACUGUGUAAAUAAAUGCAGCCUGGAAAGUUAAAAAGUGAUGUAAGUGAUCACAUUUUUCCCUUCUACUCAAAAAUCCAGUGCCUCUAGACAGAUUGUUAAAACUGCAUAUUUAAACCUGAUAUAAUUCUCUCUUUUACUUAUGUCAACUUCUUCUGAAGCCAAUGGCCUCUGGAGAGCUUGAUGGCACACAUACUGUGUGAGAAUCCCCUAUGAGACUGCACGGAACAGGGUCCAGGCACAGAAUUAGAAUUCCACAUUUUGCCCUCCAGUCAUCAAGCCAAAAUCCCACUCACACGCCGCCAUUUGCAAGUUUAAAGUUGACUCAUCCUAAAUGCUGACUUCAUACCAAUCCUCCAAAAGCUGACAAAAGCAACAUGGCAGGUAUUUCGGAUUUCCCAUUUGAGAUGACACCUCUAUCGGUGACCCUCACCAUUUGUAACAUAAUAGAUUAGAGGGACAGGUUAAGUGCUUUGGAAUUCAGAGUAAAAGGAAACUGGGAGAAAGGAGAAGAAGGUUGAGAGCUCCAAAACAUAGUUCUCUGUUCUAUGGAAUUUUUGCUCUCAUUAUCUGGGAAGUGUUCUUAAAAGUAAGAAUAAAUAGCAAAGACGCAGCAAAGCUCUGAGGAUGCGUUUGCCUGAUAUUUUUUUCUUUGCUGUUGUGUUUUGUAUGUAGUUAUAAAUACUGUAGAUUUUUUGUGAUUUUUGCCAAAGUCGUCGUUCUAUUUAUACAUUUUAAUGUCUUAAGACAGUUUUUCAAUAUCACAAAAAGAUUUUACUGCAUAUUUUGCAAAGAAAAAAAAAAGCUCACUACCUUUAGCUUGCACAUACUUGCAAAGUUAAUUAAAAGGCUUUUUGUUUUCAAGGGGAUUUUGUAAAAUAUCCAUAUAAAUAAUGUAUUUAUCUUUGGAAUUUGUACAUUGCUUUCCCCUUCUUCCUUUUCCUCCCACUCCCAGGUUAUUUUAUUGUGUACGUUUGCUAUGUGAAAAGUGCGUAUUUGUUUGGUCACCUACAGUUGUAUUAGCUGUUUCAAUGUGAUUUUUAAACAUUUCAUUUAUAGUUAUUUUUAGUUUUGUUUUAAACCAUGCUUCAAUUUUUUUUAUUUCCACCCAAAAGCCAUUGUCUAUUUUUGUAUUAUUUGUAAGUUAAGAAGUUUUUUCCAAUAUAUGGCAAAAAAAAAAAAUAGUAGCAUAUUAUUCUUGUAGCAUUUAGUUCUGUAGAUUAAAAAAAAUGUAUCCUUUGCUUUGGAAGCUUACAAAAAAAAAAAAACCCUAAUGCUGUUUUACUCUAUUAAUAUGCAUGGAAUCUCUCCCUUUGGAGUGACGCAUUUUGUGCAUUGAAUUUCGGGGGAGAAACUUCAUAGAAAUCAAUGAACAUACUUUCUUUCCUAAGUCUGCUUGUAUAUUUCCUCUGUCUUUCACAUAAAUAUAAACCAGCAGAUUGGAUGCCUUAACAAUGCAAAUCAUAUUCAUUUCACUUGUACAUCGUAACUGUGCACCAGAACUGUCAGUCAUCACUAACAUUCUAAGAAAAAAGAAAAAGAAAAAAGAAAAAAAAAAAAACAAAGAAAUGGAAAAGCACAAAAGAACUGUUUUGUUACCUUAAGACAAUGUAACUUUUUCUAGUAGAGCAAGAAAUUUACAACAAUGCUGCAACUGUGCAUGCCCCCAUAUGGAUUUUGCAAUGGUUUUCACUAGACUGUCAGAGUGCGA